UUAUCAGGGGGGCAAGCGAAAAAAAUCAUUGCACGGUACUGGUUGGUCCGGUGUCCAAGCAAUACCAAAUCUAGCAAAAAGCUAAUAUAUGCGAUUUCCCUAAUUACCAGUGUGACACGAACAUUUCUAUAACCCGAAAGAACUAUUGCGAUCUGAUUUAAGUUUCUAAGAGCAUCACGCUACAUGCGUGCACACUAAAUAUUCACCAUGUUCUAACAUAGGCGAACAUGCAUAUGGAAUAUUUGUUUACAUUUCUAUAAUUCAAGAGGAGAGCUUUUUUUCAUCCGGCUAAAUACCCGAAAAAAGGCGGUGGAGCAGCUAAGAUAAUUAUUGAAGAAAGACGAUUUUUUUUAAAAAUAUAUAUUAUAUUGGGAGGCGAUGUUUCUUCAUGGGACACGGAUUCAAAAAACGAUGGUGAUCUCUUGGGUGUGCUAGCGCUGUGGAAGUAAAUGAAAGUAGUGACCUAGCUCACCAUGUAUGCAACAAAACGCCGGCGAAGGACCGUCAAAACACAGAAGACCCCGGUCAAAGAUCCCCCAAAAAGCAACCCAAGCAAACGACACAGAGAAAGGCUAAAUUCGGAACUUGACCAUCUUGCUAGCCUGUUACCAUUUGAACAGUCUGUUAUUUCUAAAUUGGACAAGCUAUCAAUUCUUCGGCUAGCUGUCAGUUAUCUUCGGACGAAAAGUUAUUUUGCUGCAGUCCUCCCAGAUCGGUAUAACCUGGACAGCCACCACAUCAUUGGACGAUCUCAUCUCUUCCAUGAACCCGGGUUUUCAGAAGGAGACAGUAUAUUGCAGGCUUUGUACGGUUUUAUGGUAGUCAUAACCUGUGAUGGGGAAGUAUUCUACGCCUCUAGAACAGUGGAACAGUAUCUCGGAUUUCAUCAGUCUGAUAUCAUCCAUCAAAGUGUUAUGGAGCUAAUCCAUUCAGAAGACAGAGAAGAAUUCAAACGCCAGCUUUCUUGGAACUCCACCUUACCUCAAGAUAAAUCCACCAUGUCUCUCCACGAACUAAUGAUGCCAGAAAACGCCCGGUAUUUACACAGGUCUUUUACAGUCAGAUUUCGAUGUUUACUGGACAACACCUCAGGAUUUAUUACGUUAGAAAUCAGUGGAUGGAUACGAGUUUUGCACGGCCAAAACGUGCGGACGGAGGAACCACAGCUAGCUUUGUUUGCCACAUGUUGCCCAUUCGGUCCACUCUCGCUAAUGGACAUUCCAUCACGAGAAUUGACCUUCAAAUCAAAACACAAAAUGGAUUUUUCUCCGAUGUCAAUGGACAAUAGGGGAAAAGCGAUGUUUGGAUUUGCAGACAGGGAACUGGCGACCAAAUCGGGAUAUGAUCUAAUUCAUCCCGAUGAUUUGAACUACUUUUCAUCAGCUCAUCAAGAAUUGAUUAAAACCGGAAGUUCCGGUCUGAUUGCCUAUCGCUGGUGCACGAAGGACUUCCGGUGGCUGUGGCUGCAGUCGAGCUGUAAAGUCAUAUACAAAAACAGCAAGCCUGAUUUUGUGAUAUGCACCCACAGGCAACUGACGGACGAUGAAGGUGCUGAUUUGUUCCAUAAAAGAGGAAAUGAGUUUAAGCUACCUUAUCCAUUGCUUGACCUUGACAUUUGUUCAGGAUUCGAUUUUCCAAACGAUGAAAUCGUGUCCAAAAUGAAGAAUGUGAAAAACAAGAAACAAAAAACCUGUGUUCGAGAAAACUAUGUUCAAAGCCCGGGUCGAAAGCGAAAAUGUUCCCGGGAACCUGUGCUAAAUGGUUAUGCGGGAUAUCCACAAUAUAAUGGAUACGAUGUUGCGGAUUUCAAACCCGACCUUUUAUACCCGUAUCCCUCUGCAAUCGAGCCCGACAUUUAUCGAGGUUAUGCCAGUUUCCAUGGAUCGGUGUACCCUGGGACGGAGAGUUAUCGUCUGGCGGACAGUGAAAAGCACGCCUACACUAAUGGAUACUAUUUAGACCCUCACAGACAAUACCAACAUACGCUGGCGUAUCCCGGCAAUGGCUAUUCAGACUUGAUGGCUCAGCCAGCCAAGUUCGGUUACGAUGUGACAAAAUACGGAUUCAAUUCCUACGACUUAGACAUAGCCAAGAAAGCCCAUUACGGAGAAGACGUCGGGCGAUACGACAACGAUUAUAGAAAAUAUGCAUACGAGUAUGGCAACGAUAGACUUCCUACGAGACUUAACGGGUCUAUAGAACCGGUAGAUUUGAGGUCGUCCGCCAUGUAUAAUGGAGUGGACGGGAUUGUGGGACAUAAUCCCUGCCUGCCGCCAACGUCUAGUUUAUUCAAGGAAACCAAAGUGAUAUGUUCUCCGUCUGAUAUUGGGGCGAAUCAGGGAAUGUCUUCAACGAUGCCACUCCAUCACAGUUCAGUGAUCAAAAACGCUGCUAGUCCAAGGUCAAUGCAAUCUUCCAGGAACUCGGACCAUAUGGGGGGAGGUUCCCCUGUGAAUAUAUAUAACAACAACAACAAUAACAACAAUUCAGCGCGGGUGAACGUGAUAAACAAUACGGCGUCAUGGCAUUGCACGAAGCCGAGUCAGAACAUCCAUCCCAGCCCCAUCUCUACACCGAGGUCUGACCCCGGGGAGAGUCCGAAACUCAACUGUGUCAACAAGAAUGAAAGCUCUCUGCUUUCUACAAGUAGCCCAGUUACAGGCGCCACGCCCGCUUCAGUCAUUCAUUCUGCAAUUUCCAAUCGAACACCUUCUAGAAUAUACGACAAACAACCCAUGACCGGCGGAAUACCAGUCCCCGUUGUUAAGACAUCACCUUGGUAUCAAUACCCAUCAUCCCAUGCUGCAUAUGGCGACCCAAAAGACUGGUCUAUUCAGGACGACAUGUAUUCAUGUCACCAAAAGCGCGGACUAAUAUCUGACAAUUUGUCUCACCUCUCUAAAGUCACAAUAACAUGAUUAUUGAUUUAUCGAUAUUUUUUCUGCAACAUACCUACUUUUAUUAUAUAAUAAAUUGAUGUGUUCAUUUGCAUUCAAUGGAGAGAAAAAUGCCGACUUCAACAGAUGUUUUGAUAAUUAUCUUUUUUGCACCACUUACAAAGUACUAUUUAGUAGAUGUAAAAUAUAACGGGUAAAUUCAUCACGUUAAAAAGUAGUUAUGCUUUUUUAUCACAUGUUCCAAGUCAGCUUAUUUUAUAAUCCAUUUUUUUAAGAUAUUCAUAAAAUGACACAAAUAUAACCAAAAUCUCACGUCUAUUUUUUAUUUAUUCAUCAUGUUUCAAAAUACGUUAUGUUUUAGAAUGAUAUAUUUAUAACAAAAAAUGAUUGAAUGUGACGUAGAUUAAUGCUAAAAUUUUAUUUAAAGUAAUUAUAAUAAUCACCUGUAAUUUAAUAAUUUCAAGUAAAAGGACAUGUGAAAUUUGAGACCUGAAGGAAAAUAAUUGGGACAAAAGCUUGGAGUUUCGGAAGAGAACGGUCGUGACAAAAUAAGAAAUGUCAACCCGUUUUUUUUACAUUUUCAUUUUUAAUAUACGGUAAAACGAUUGAAAUGCCAAAAGAAAAAAAAAUGCACUGUCCUGUUUUUUUUAAUUUCAUUGCAUGAAGUAAUGAGACAAUUGGUAGAAAAGGUUUAAUUUAAAAAAAAAAUAAUGUUCAUGUAUUGGAAUGCGCAUCAAAUGUGUAAACCACUGGAAUGUUUGACACCUUAUUCAUGAAAUAAUGUGUAUCGUAAUGCAUUACAUGUGUAUCAGUCACUGGAAUAUAUGAAACUUUAUUUAAUUGUCUUUUUGAUGUUUAAUUGAUUGUAUGAUAUUAUAUAUGUCCUUUGUUGAAGGUAAUGAUCAUUAUUUAAAUUCGUAAAAUUUAUAAAAUGUGAAUAUAUAUGAUCAAAUAUUGUUGUCACUUUCGUUAACUAACGUAUAAGAUAUAUAUAUA